AUGACGACAACGACUUCGACUCCGAAAUCUCCCUUACCGCAGUUUGCUUGUCAAGUGUGCGGGAAUUUUCUCCAACAAGAUUCUUCACUAGACACAAUCGACGAUCACAUUGUUAAACCAACUGCAUCUAGUACGACGAUGUGUGAUGAAUCGUACAAUGAAUUGCAACAAGCUGGUUCCGACGGCACGAUUGUUCUCCGUAAAACAUUAGGCCGAAAACGAUUAUCACAAAGCAGUCUUGAUAGUACAAAUAGUUUUGCAUUUGUUGCGCCUGAUUUAAGCAAAGAUCCUGAACACAAAUCUAGUCGGGAAUAUCGUAAUGAGAUCAAUAUGCACGAAAAGUUCUAUGAUUUUCUCUCAGAACAAUAUACAUUUGAUCAUCCUCUGUGUCAAGAAUGCACUGAUACACUUUUGGAUAAAUUAGAUGUUGAUCUACAGAUGGCAUCCCAUGAAUUACAAAGCUAUCAGAAAUUACUUGAACAGCUGAAUUCCAUGACGAAUGUUCAACCUGAAGAUUACGCCAAGCUAAAUCAAGACUUAGUCGAUUUAGAUGAAGAAGAAAAACGAUUGAAAGACGAACUAGCAGCCUUAGAAAAAGAAAAUGAACGAAUUCAGGAAGAAUCAGAACAACUGACAGAAGAAGAACGAAAAUUGGAAGCUGAAGAAACUAAAUUCCUACGAGAAUAUAAUGAACAGAAGCGUUUAUUAUACGAAGCCGAAGAUGAGCAGAAAAGUAUCGAUAAUCAAACCAAGCAUGCUCGUGCUCAAUAUGAUAAACUGAGUAAAACGAAUGCAUUCAAUGCUGCAUUUCACAUAUGGCAUCAAGAACAUUUCGGUACUAUCAAUGGUUUUCGUCUUGGUCGUUUACCAAGUAUCACAGUUGAAUGGUCAGAAAUCAAUGCCGGUCUUGGUCAAGCUGCCCUAUUGUUGAAUUCUUUAGCGAAACGAAUAGAUCUUCGAUUCAACAAAUACAGAAUAGUUCCCUUAGGAAGUUAUUCCUAUAUUGAACAAUUGAGUGACCUGAAAAAUUUAAAACCUGUACAAUUGCCACUUUAUACUGCUCGACGAUCUUUCAUCAAUUGGGACACGCAAUUUGAUACAGCGUUGGUCGCAUUUCUCGACUGUGUGAAUCAAUUCAAAUCGGCGAUUGAAACGAAGAAUCAACGGUUUUGUUUACCAUAUAAAAUGACCGAGAAGGGCGAUGGUUUCAUCAUGGAUAGCAACGGUAAUCAAUUCAAUGUCAAUAGAUCUCGAGCGAACUCAGAAGAACAGUGGACAAAAGCAUUGAAAUACAUGUUAACAAAUUUGAAAUGGGGAUUAACAUGGAUAACGAGUCAACUACCUGAUGAUAUGACAUUAGCAAAUACAGUUCCAACUCCAGCGGUUUCGUCGCCAAGCUAG